GCGGCGGCGGCGCGGAAGGAGGCGGGGGGCGGCGGCUGCGGCGGCUGCGGCAGAGGGGCCGAGAGCUGGCGGCGGCGGCGGCGGCGGUCGUGAAGGGCAUCGGCGACGGCGGCGGCGGCGGUGGUGAUGGCAGAGACGCUCUGAAGAUGGAAAGAGCCAGGCGGAGGGGAGGUGGUGGUGGCGGUGGCCGCGGCCGCGGCGGCAGGAAUCUAGGGGGCUCUGGCCUAAGCAAGAGUAGACUGUAUCCCCAGGCCCAGCACUCCCACUACCCCCACUACGCAGCCUCAGCCACCCCUAAUCAGGCUGGGGGAGCAGCGGAGAUCCAGGAGCUGGCCUCCAAACGAGUGGACAUCCAGAAAAAGAGGUUUUACCUAGACGUGAAGCAGAGUUCCCGGGGCCGCUUCCUCAAGAUAGCCGAAGUGUGGAUAGGAAGAGGCCGGCAGGACAAUAUCCGAAAAAGUAAGCUGACCCUGUCCCUGUCCGUGGCCGCAGAGCUCAAGGACUGCCUAGGGGACUUCAUCGAGCACUACGCCCACCUGGGCAUCAAAGGCCACCGGCCCGAGCACGGCCCCAGCAAAGAGCAGAGCUCCCGCAGACGCCAGAAGCACCCGGCGCCCUCCCCGCCCGUCUCGGUGGGGUCGGAAGAGCAUCCACACAGUGUCCUCAAAACGGACUACAUAGAGAGGGACAAUCGGAAGUAUUACCUCGACCUGAAGGAGAACCAGCGGGGCCGCUUCCUGAGGAUUAGGCAAACCAUGCUGCGGGGCGCGGGCAUGAUAGGUUACUUCGGCCACGGCUUGGGCCAGGAGCAGACCAUCGUCCUCCCAGCCCAGGGCAUGAUUGAGUUUCGGGAUGCCUUGGUUCAGCUGAUCGAAGACUAUGGGGAAGGGGACAUCGAAGAACGAAGAGGCGGGGACGACGACCCACCCGAACUCCCAGAGGGGACUUCUUUCAGAGUGGACAAUAAAAGGUUCUACUUUGAUGUGGGCUCUAAUAAAUAUGGAAUUUUCCUGAAGGUAAGUGAGGUGAGGCCACCUUACCGUAAUACUAUUACUGUUCCGUUCAAAGCUUGGACAAGGUUUGGGGAGAAUUUUAUCAAGUAUGAAGAAGAGAUGAGGAAAAUUUGCAACAGCCAUAAAGAAAAGAGGAUGGAUGGCAGAAGGGCCAGUGGUGAAGAACAAGAAUGCCUCGACUAGAGUGAAAUUGAACUCCAUCAGGCAAAAUUUUAAAUCUUAGUUUGGCCAAAAGUACUGAUCCAUAACCAUUUUGAAGAAGUUUUUUUUUUUUCCUCUUUUUUGCCCUUGGUAUUAUUAAGUAGUACCUCCAGUAGUUUAUACUUCAAGAAGUCUGAUUCCACGUUGUUAUGGGUAGCUCACCUUAAUUGUUAUGGGAAUCCCAACUUCCCCAAACUAAAUUAGUUCAGCUACUUUAAGCUGCUCCAGACUAUUGAAGUAUGCAAAUCAGCACAAAAUGUGACAUUCUGACCUUCUAAAUACCAUAGCUAAAAUAUACCUUGCAUUAUGACAUAAUCCUGAACAAAGAUAUAUAUCCUUAACACGAGUUUGUAUUUAACAAGUCUUGCCCCGCCCCCCAAACACCACCAAAAAAGUAUUCCAUUCCUACUUCAUUAAAAGCUCAAGCUUGCCUGUAGGACAGUUACCACAGAAACAGAAAUUAACCUCCAGUAGAGUAUCCAGAUUUACUCAUUGAAGUACAAGCAGAAUAAUUUUGUAAUUGAAUGUUAUGAAACAGUACCAUUAAAGAAUCAAAUUUCAUUAGUCAAUUAAACCUUAAAAAUAGUUCUUAGUAAUUACUAUAGUAUGAUUUCUAUAAUUUCAAAUUUUGUGGUAACUCUACAGUUCAUAGUUGCCAUAUCAAAGCCAUGGGAGAGUUUUAGUUGAUUACACUAAACCAGAAACAAUCCCGUCUUCACAUCUGUUGAUUGUACCAUAUGUGUUUACUGACUUCCCAAAGUUUCAGAAAUUACUUUUAUGUUAGUAUUGGGUGAGAGGCUUCAUCCAGUGGCUUUGCUAUGGAAAUCUUGGUAGUUUAGCUGUCCGUGCUAAUUUAAGAUUAUGAGAGGGUUUUUUUAUCCCCCCCCCAAAAAAAUAUAUAUGUAUAUCAUGGACCAAGGUGUUCCUUUUUAUGCCUCUUAUCCAACACUAUUUCAGAGGGGUUGGUGCACCAGUUAACUGAUAUAAAAAUACAUCUGAAAUAAAACAUUUUAAUAGCACUUUUGCAAUUGCUACCCUGGAACCAUGUCAACACUUCGAGAAUAAACCUGACUUUUACAAGUAUUUUAAUUCCAGGAAAGAAAAAAAAGUCAUAAUUUUUCUCUUUAAAUGCAUGUAGUUAUCAGUCUGGGAAAAAAUUGUAAUUUAAAGAUUGAUUAUAAACAUAUUUAAAAGAAAAUGGCAGGUGUUUCCCAAGGUGCUCUUUAUGCUUCUUAAAGAGGUUUACUUAGACAAGUCUCACCCAAUUACCUGUAUUAAAAAUUCCUUUCCAGGAAGUGCCACAGCAACUUUUCAAUACUUAAGCAAUUUUUUUUAAAAUUGGAUAACUAUAUCCAUUAUGUGUACCAACCUACCCUGUAUUCACUGACUGAAACCAUCUGUUGAGCUACAUUUUAUUCUGAAUGAAGUAACUGUCUUUUAACAUGGAUUUAUUCAUUUCCCAUGCAGUUAAGUUCAUAUAUUCAUGUUUAAGAGCCAGAACACUGAUGUCCACUCCCAAAUACAGUUCUUAGGAAAGAGAGCUGACUUCGUGGAUGGAGACCAGAAUGUAGCUCCUCUUCUGUAUAUGUAAUUCAGAAUUAUGUGAACAGUCUUUUUUUUUAUUUCCUCGAAGGGUUUCCCCCAAAUAUGUUUAAGUCAGGUCACUAAGAAAACCUUGUGGUACGAAUUAAGGAAUUAGUUUCAUUGGUUUAUGCUAAUUGAGAACAAGUACUCAGUAACCCAGACCUGUAUGCUGGUGUUGGUUUGCAGAUUGUAUUUCACGUUUCCUCACUAGUGUGAAGGAAUCUCAGUUCAUUGUAACUGGACCAUCUGGAUCACUGCGGAACAACGGAAGGUUAGAAGACAAUGUUAGUACUAGAGUUAAUAGCACAUGGUGGGUGUUAAGACUCUAACAGUAGCAAGGAUUUUUAAACAGUCCUAAAACUGUAAAAAUAGCUAUGUAGUCUUGCUAAAAAGUAGUUCCUGGUAUAUGAAGGAGGGAUGUGCACUUGAAUUACUGUACUACUGAUUGUUAUUGCUGCCCAUCAUAGUGCCUAUUAAUAAUAACCAACCUGUCAGACUUUGGCAAACUGGAACUGUGAAUAUUCCAGUAUUCAAUUGUUCCUAUCACUAUUGCUAUGAGUGUAUACUCUUUCUCUUAAAAUCUUCCUUUCUAAAAUAUUUAUAUUCAUUAGGUCUAAAAUAUUUCUCUUUUUUUUUUGGUUUUUAGUUAAAUGAGAUUUGAACAUGUGUGUCUGUGUCCAUGGACAUAUGUAUAGGGACACACAUAAUACGUCAUAUUCAAAUAGAAGUAUCCUUCAUUCAUUGUAUGUAAAUAUCAGUUUGAUUUUGCAUUUUAGUUACUUAAGGAAAAUUAGUUAACAUGCCAAAUUUCACAUCAUGUACGUAUCCCUCGAAGUUUUUACCAUCUCACAGUUGCAAAUUGGAUAGAUGCACAUAUAUCAGCAGUUGAACAUGCAUUACAAUCGUUAAGUCUUCUGCCAUUCCUUUUGUUUCACUUUUUCAUAGUUAAUGCAUUCACUAAAAAAUUAAAUGCUAUGACUUUUUUGAUACUUAAAAUUCCCAAAAAUUCAUUAGCCAUAAUAUGAUCCAGCUCAAAACUCUGGUAUUAGGACACAUAUUGCCAUGUAUCUUGUAAAGUAAGCUACUAUUCUUAUCUGUGCAAUAUAAAUUUUAUUUAUCGUCCUUUGUAACCUAAAUGGAGCUGCAAGUGUACAUGGUUUUCUUCAAAGUAAUGAGAUCCCUGCCUUGAUGACAUUAACUGUUAAGGCAACUGGAUGUUACAAGUCAAAAAAAUGAACGUUAAAGUAGUAACCAAAAUUAGUAGUUCUCUGUAUAAUACUAAAACACUGAUGUUUGCACGUAAUAAUCUAAGCAUUAUGUGAUACAGACUCAAAACUGUAAUAAUAUAAGCUAAUAGUUAUGAAAUUUAGAAACGGGUUCCUUGAAUUAGUUGGCAGUAUGCUCCUAGCAACUGAAAGCAACACUAAUCUGUUGCUUAUAUGCAAAUGAUGCAAUGUAUUAUAAAGGUAUUAAAGUUCUGCCACAUUUUAUAAUUUUCCUUGUUAAAGCCCCAAACUGCCAUGUCCCUUAAACUUGAGUCAAACACAAGCUUAUUUGCACUAAAGAGCAUGGCCAAAAAAAAAAAAAAAAAAAAAAAAAUGACAGGGUGGAAAAGCUAAUUGGAACCUCUUGAAAUAGUUGGUUCUAAUGGGAGAAUUUCACAUUUGUCUAUUUGCAAGCUAUAUGGUCCAGGCAGACAAUCUGUCAGUUCACUAAUUUAAUAAUGCACUUUACCUUUUGUAUAUAGAAGAUGUACAUUUAUGCCACUUGACAGGUGAGAUGUGUUUCGAUAACUAUAUAGUUAGAAUCUGUAGGGUGAUCUCUUGCAUGCAUGUUUAUGUUGGAACCGAUGUAGUAACAGGUUUCCAUUAGAUUAAUGUAACUAACAGAGAAGGGUAGAAGAUGCUUUUGAAACAAAUCCCAAUAUAUUUAACAAAGAAUUUUAA